UAAUUUAUUCGUCAGGUGUCGGGACUAUCGCUAUAUGAUCUUAGCGAUUAUGUGCAUUACUUGCGUCCAGGCACGUCCGCAGCGCAAUUUGCAGCAUGUUGCCGUCUUGGAGAAUGCUGCCUGGGAGCAAACAUUGCCGCAACAAUUACAGAAUCCCUUUUAUAAGACGCCGCGUGUAAGGGAUGCAUUGGCCAGAUCCAGUUGGUUUGGUCCCGGCGAGCAGGUGGUCCUUGAGCGCCAGGCGGAGAAAAUACCCCGCAUGGAAAUCUAUAAUGUGCUGUCGCAUGCUGGUCUCAUACCGCGUCGCAAGUAUUUUUAAUCUAAUCGAAUUAUUUGCAAUUGCAUUUCUUACAUUUUGUAUAAAAUAUCAGAGAAAACAUUAAAACUACAGUCAUUAAUUUAAGUUUAAAAGA